UCAGCAGUAAGUCUCAGAGGCUGAAAACAUUCGAGGCCUAGAUUCGCAGACAGCCAGUAAGCCUAGGAGAUGACAAUUCCAUCAGGUGAAUAAGUUUCUUUUACAAGUAUGUGUAAAGGUGAAGAGAACUUGACCAGCAGAAAGAGCAUGCUUAACUCCCAAGUAGUAUCCUUUCCCUUCAUCUGACAGGUAGUAUUCUCCCCAACCCAUCUCCCAGUUUUCAUUACUGGGGCAGUUCAGAUCAUCCCUGUCCCAGAAUGGGAGUUAGAAAGACUACUCCAUUGUGUGUGUGAUGGGUUAAUUCUGUAAAAGAUGAGUUUAUGCAAAGGCAUACUGCUAAUAUGAGAUUCACCUGUGGGAAUGUUCCCUACAGUGGAGAACAGCACUAGCUUGAAUUUUGUCCAUUUCAGAGGACAGCAGUGGUACAGAUGACACUUGCCUAUCAGAGGCUAGUUAAGGAGGCUGCCAUUUCUAUAGGCAAAUCAAAGCUGCUUUUACAUACUUGGCCAAACUCACUGCAAUUGGAGGAACAAACUGUGACACUGUCUCACCCAGGCUCCACCCAAAGGAGGCAAGGCACAUUGUCCAGGCCUGCCUAAGCCUGUACUCGCUGCCCAGGGAACUAGGGCACCUCCCCAAACAUAAACAAAUUCGAAGAACUUGGAGAUUUAACAGAGUUGGUCUAUUCUUUGUCCCUUUUCUCUCUUCUUUCCAGUCUGCCUUUUCUCUUUUACCACAUCCUCUGUAGGACGCUAGUGUCUAUAACAGAUUCCAUCCCAUGGCCGAUUACUCUGGGGAGUCAGGACUUUUGCCCUGUGAAUCCUGUGAUAUGGUUUUCCGCUCCUGGGCUUUGUUGUCCACACACACCAAACGAUUCUGCAUUGGCCGGCUGACUCCGGAGGUAACACUUAAAACACAGCCUUCAGUAGCCAUUGAACGACGGGGCACCAAGAUUAUGGCCCAAGAACAGAGCCGAUCAGAUCAGGAGUCCAGCACGUCUGCUCCAAAGAGGCUUUCAGAGGAGACUGCAGGGAGCCCUGGGGAGAGGUUGCGAACCUUGCAGGGAACCCGCCUCAGACGCCUGGAGGAGACGGAAGCGCAAAGGCGGGCCCUGGAGCUUCGCGGUGAAGAACUAAAACGGCGCCUCCGCAGCGUAGCGGGACCCAAGGGAUUACCCCGCCCGUUCGUCUUGGAGCGAGAGCUCAGAGAAUUUAGGGAAGAGGCCAGCCGGACGCGAGGAGCGCUGCAAACGCUGGGAGCCCGUGUCCAGGCAUUACAGCCUCAGCCUACCCGCCCGCAGGACCUCCGUAGGGUAGUGGAUUUCUAUUGCCUGCCGCUACGGUCCAACCCGGAAAUGCUGGCUUCAGAGAUCCGGGUCCUGCGUGAGGCAUACGUGCGCGGUGGAGGCCGGGACCCAGAAAUUCUGGACAAAAUAUUGCAGCUGCAAGUGGAGGCGUCAGCCCUGGAAUUGCUGCGGUCGCAAAACUGCAAGGAAAAAGCAAGUGCCGCCUCUGAGGAAGUUCUAAUGGUGGAAGCCGAAAACAGGUUCCUGGAGGCAGAAAUCCUGGCCUUGCAAAGGCAGAAAAUCCCGAGUUUGUCGCCCUGGGAACCCAGAGAUCUCUUGCGACACCUGAGUAGAAGGUGCAAUAACUCCCUCCUCCCUCCACCAGUUGCACCCACAAUGCCACAGCUUACAAGUUCCUCAAAAGUCCAGAACUUCGAUGACACUUCAAAGGCUAUACUUAAUGGAACCAUGACAAGAAACUUGGGUCAGGAUCUCCACUUCCUCCUACCAGCAUCGGAUAUCGUAGGUUCUGCACCCUAUGAUCCUGGGGCUGGCCUUGUCAUUUUCUAUGACUUCCUGAGGGGCCUUGAGGCUUCUUGGAUUUGGGUGCAGCUAACGACAAGCUUGGCUCGGGAUGGACAGGAUACUGGAGGGACCACAGCAUUACCUCCAGCCCUUUGCUUGCCACCACCUUCAGCUCCUGGAUCUAUGGGCAACUAUGCUAUCCUUGCAAGCAGGCAGCCUGUGCCCAGGCUGCCUCCAUCACCACUGGUAUCUUUGAUCUGUGAACUACAGGCCUGGCAGGGAGUUACAUGGGCACCACAACCAAAGGCUUGGACGUCACUAUUGCUAUUUGACCAAGAUCUAAGGGUGCUUAGUGGCCGUUGGCGCCUCCCACUUCGGGUCCCCCCUCUUAACACCAGCCUCAGCCUUGCCCAGAUGAAUGAGAUUCCCCAGGCAGGCCAGGCUGAGCUCUUUCUGAGGCUGGUAAAUGCAAGAGAUGCAGAUGCCCAGACAUUGGCAGAGAUCAAUCCAGCAAGUGUCCAUGAAUACCAGUACCCACCAAUGGUGUCCAGUUCAUCUUCCCUGGAAUCGAGUUUCUUCACCCACAGUUCUGGCUUUGUUGACCCCCGACCUCCCACAGAAGAGGUUUUUGUCAGUGUCAAGGAUAAAAAUAAGCACGAGUCCUCACCAGUUUUGACCAAUUUCUAGACCUGCAGUUUUUUAAAUGGGGUCUUGUAGCAGUGGCAAUUUGAUCCUUAAAUACUGUGUGACAACAAAGAACACUUAACCUAAACCCCCUAACUAGAUUUUUCUUCUGCAUUUAUUUUCAUUUUAUAAAGCAGAUCCAGGGGUAAAUAUUUAAAUAAUUUAAUGCUAGGCAAUUUAAAUAUUCAACUCUGAAAAUGGCUAAGAUUUAACAAAGCCAGUGUUGUCAAAUUUCAUUCAACUCUGCUUUCUCAGGACUUGUAGAUAGAAAUCUAUCCAGGAUCAAGCUUUCAAUAUAAAGGAAACUCCAGGAUUAGAUCCAAGGGCAGACCUCAGCCCAGUUAUUUUCCAGCCAUGUAGAGCAUCAUGUACUGGACCUAACCACAGAUCCAACCAGCAAGGAUCCUGCACUGCAUAUAAAGAAUGUUCUCACUGGAAAAAUGAGGAAAAACAUGUUAGGAAUUGAGUAUAACAGUAGUUAUUAAGAAGUCAGAUACUCAGCCGGGCGGUGGUG